GCGAUGAGGGACAGAACCCCAGGAUCACGGCGAGGCGGAAGCUCUUGGGUUCCUUUCUGCCUCUUUUGUUCGUAACCGCCUCCCGAGGCGCCAUCGAGCGCUGCCCCGGCGCCGAUAAUGACGGUGAAGGCGGCGAUCGCGGCUGUGUGCAGGGUGCUGGCCGGGGCCGGGGCCGGGGUCGGGGCCCUCAGCCCAGAGGCUUUCCGCCAGGCCAAGUUCGAUAGGGAUGAGGUGACGGCUGACUUCUGGAAGUUGCUAUAUUGUCUCCUGAAACUAGUCAGUGAAAAUAAGAACUGUGCAGUCACAGACUUGGGUCACCAGAUUGAAUAUGUGAAGGCUGCAGUUUGUUACUAUGGUUAUGGGUUCUUGGACUUCUACCAGCUCCCUGCUGAUGGCAGUCGGGGCAGCCGAGAUCUCCUCCUGGUCUUCUCUUGGCUACUCCAGAAAAUCCACCUGUUUGAGAAGCUGCUGGAACGGCAACGGCUACGUGUGGAGGAUCAGGUAUCACUCUGCAUGUGCAGGCAGGCUGCUGCGGUAAGGCCCACAGAGAAAUCGGACAGUCCAGCAGGCGAGCACGCAGUGGGGAUGGAUGUGCGAUACCUGCAGUGGUUACAGGGAAAGCUGCGAUUCCGCUGGAAGAGUCUUCACAGUGCCCAGCAGGAGCGGUGUGCCACCCUCCACAAGAUACACUUGUACACCAGAGGAUGCCGCAGUGGGCAAAGCUACAGUCAUUUGUUUGCAACAGAAACACGGUUAAUCCGAGAUCCUGAGCGAUGCAGCGAGUUUGUGCAGCUCCUGGAGCGUGAGAACAUGUGGCUGGAGGCGUACCUGGAGUGGAGGCAGCUGGAGCCACUAUUUUGGCAGUGGAUGGAAAGUGUGCUGGCAGCUAAGCUACAAGACACGCAGAACCCACGGGAUGAGAACAGUAUAGCAGCCACUGCACACUCACCAGCCCUGUCUGGUGACCACGUUGACCGUGUUACCUUCAAAGAAAUGGAUCAUCUCUCUAGUGAGAUCCUGAAGUUGCAGAUGAAGCUGCAAGAUGGGCAAAAGACCAAGAUCAAAACGACUGAAGACAAGGAGCGAGAAGUCCGAUCUCACACAGGGUGGGAUGAAUUUGUUUGUCCAACACAGUGUGACGUGGAAAAGAAGCUGGGAGUGUUGCAUGCCAGAAUUAGCCACCGAUGGAGACAACAUGGCCAUGCCAGGUUGGCACUCAGAGACAAUUCUUCUGCCAAGAGUACAAAGUUUUCUCCGGCAAAACCAGACAUUGGGUGUCUCACGGCACUGGAGGUGACCACACAGCUGAGAACUGAGGAGGCUGCUUUAAAGCGGGAGCUACAAGAAAUGCAGCAACUCUGCAAAGAAUCUCUUGGCGAGGUUGUGGAAAAGCUGGAUGGUGUGAUCUGCAUGCCUCCACUGUAGCUAGGAAGCCCUGGUGAUUUACAGGCCGAUAACUGGAGAGAGGUGACUGAAAAUAAAAGUCUAAGCUCAGCAGGCCCAGUCCUGUACUCACCCAAAGGGAGUAUGCAGUGAGAGUCAAGAUUGGUGUGCUGAGAUGCACCAGCCACUGAGCUUGGCUCUGUCAUUGAAAAGUAACGGAGAGGAUGGAGCAGUAAGGCAUGCAAGAUGAGCUCCAGCAAGGUCCCUUCCACGCAGCUGCCUUCCAUUUGACUCCCAUCCAUGUGGCCCCCAGUGGCUAAUGGUGCAGUGGCAUUGCAGCCCCAGGGCAGAUUGUUAGUCUCUUUCAGUUCCUGGUACAUAGAUGAGGGGGGAGACUGUGGCCUCACAGGACAAAUUUCACCGAAGAUCAAACACUUCAGAAUCGCUCAGUCCUGGUAUGAUUUUAACUCUUGUUCACACUAGUCCAUAGUUGAUGAAAAAUGUUGGUAUGUUUCUACACUGACUGGGUGAAAGGUUCUCACUGGACUGUCCUCCUCUUUGUACCUAGGAACUGAAGCAGCCCAUUGCCUGUUCUGGCAUUCAUUUGCUUCAGAGGUUAACUGUCUGCCAACUCCAUUUAGCUGCCUUGAUUCCUUAACCAUCUUUCAUGCCCUAAAAUGAAAGUCAAUUGUCCCUGAAAGUUGUUUUGAAAACCAGUCUCUGUGGCUUGUUAGUGGAGUAAACUCCACAUUUCCAUGCACUUUGUGCAGCACUUAGGGUUUUUAUUUUACCUUUUCUGGACAUACUGAGUAAUUAUGUAAUAAAUCUUUACCAGCUAUCAGGUAAUACUUGUUCAUUGUGAUCUUAAUGAAUAAAGAAUGUAUGAUUCAUAUA